GAGGGGGAGAGAGAGGGAGAGAGAGGUUUUUCCGUCGUGUUGAUCUUCUCCAGCUUUCUGUCGUUCUGCGGCUUUGUGCGUAAAAGGAAGCAGGUUGGACUCACCGGCGGCUCCUCGCGCGCCGGGUCUCAUUCGCUGCUCCGCAGACGGAUUUACUAAUUGAAAUGGCUUAACACAAGGUUUGUGGAGGGAAAAGCCUGAAUAACAACCCGGAUUAAUGUUUCCACACAUGCAGUUAUAGAACCCAGUAGAAAGUAAAGUGGACUUCAGCACACAUCACCUACAGGUGUCCUUCUUAAAGAAGCCGGGAGCUAUGCAAGCAGCCUGCGUCCGGAUUGCCAGAGCUUCUGUCCUCUGGCUGUUACUGUCCGACCUCCUGGACUGUCAACACGCAACACACCAAAUGAAGGUUCCUGGGAGGGCAGAGCCCCCACAGGAGUUUAGGGCAGAGCAGGGAGAUAUCCAGGGCUCCUGGGGUGCCUGGGGGCCCUGGACGACCUGCUCUAGGACCUGUGGAAGAGGUGUGCAGGAGCAGAGCAGGGCCUGUCUGCCUGUACACACACCGUCCCUGUACCCCGCCAGGAGAGGCGGUGUUCCCCCCCAGCAACCAGGCUACGUCAUUUCAGCCCUGCGGCCAACAGUUCCUCUGCACCGCGACCUGGGCAGGUCCUCCAACAGCAGCCGUCAUGGCGAUCCGAGGGAGACUCGGCCCGGAGAACGCAGGAGGGUCACUCAGAUCAACGCAGGGAGGUACGGCUACGGGAGAGCUCCUCAUGUUGCUCCAUUACAGACCGACAAGGGCCAGAGCCCCAGGACGCCUCGCCCCCAGAGACAGAGACGCACUGUGGCGGCUGACGCCCACCGCCACGCUGCCAGGGGCCACGCCGCUAGGGGCCACGCCGCUAGGGGCCACAGGUCAAACAACCUGGAGCCCGCCAACCCCGCCCAUCACCGCAGCAGACCAAGGGCACACCAGCCCAAGCAUAACCAAGUGUGGGCUCCCCUCUACCAGCCCGGUUCGGCCAACCAGCCUCAGGUCCACCAGGAGCCACAGUCGGGCAGGCAGACGCCUGGACCCCAGCAGCACCAAGAGAGACCCUACGAGCCGCUGCCUAGUUCCUUCUGCACGGGGGAGCAUGCUCACUACAGGAUCUGCAACAGUAAUGCCUGUCCUCCAUCCAGCAGACACAUCAGGGCUGUUCAGUGUUCCUCAUACGACAGCCGACCUUUCAUGGGCAGAUUGUACCAGUGGGAACCUUUCAAUGAGGUUCCUUUGGAUCAGCACUGUGGACUCAACUGCCGGGCCGUUGGCUUCAGGUUCUACGUGCUGCAGUCGGAGACGGUGAUGGACGGGACGCCGUGUGGCCAGAAUGAUACUUCUCUAUGUGUGGUGGGAAAGUGUUUGGGUCUGGGCUGCGACGACUAUCUCGGCUCGGGAAAGGUGAUGGACGAGUGCGGCGUGUGCGGAGGCUCCAACACCACCUGCAGGCUGAUCUCUGGAGUGUUUAAGCACAGCUGGACCAAGGUUGGCUACCACAAGAUCGUGGAGAUCCCAGAAGGAGCCACCAAGAUCAACGUCACGGAAAUGGUGAAGAGCAGGAACUACCUAGCUCUCCGCAGCCGAUCGGGGCGAUUCAUCAUUAACGGAAACUGGGCCAUUGACAGACCAGGCGAGUACGAGGGGGGGGGCGCCAUGUUCACCUACCGCCGGCCCAAUGAGAUCAGAAGCACCGCUGGGGAGUCCUUCGUCGGUGAAGGGCCCACCAAUGAGAUCCUAGAUGUUUAUAUGAUCUUCCAGCAGCCGAACCCUGGUGUUCACUACGAGUACCUUCUCCCCUCGGAGCAGCCAGUCGUCCCCCAGCAACCAAACCACGGAGCAGAAGGGAACCAGGCUGGUUACGACCAUCACAGCAACACUCAACAAGAACGCUUCCAUCCGGCAGGUGGCGGGCGGGAACCUCCUCGUCUCCCUGACAACCAUGUCCCGGCGGCGCAGCCCGCCACACGGGGCAGAGAGUACAACUGGAGGCCGGGCGGCAGCACUGAGUGUAGCGCCUCCUGUGGCAAAGGAUUCCGACACUCCAUCUUCCACUGUGUCUCCCGGCUGAACCAAGGACAGGUGUCAGAUGCUUUGUGUGACAGAAGCAGCAGACCGACUCCCCAGGAAGAGGCCUGCAACCUGGAACCCUGCCCGGCCUUCUGGGAUAUUGGAGAGUGGUCGGAAUGCAGUAAGACCUGCGGCCUGGGCAUGCAGCACCGACAGGUCCUGUGUCGCCAGAUCUACGCUAACCGCACCCUCAACGUCCACACGAGCCACUGUCGACACCUGGAGCGGCCCGAAAUCAGCAGUACCUGCCAGAUGAAGAUCUGCAGUGAGUGGCAGACACGCUCCGAGUGGACCGCUUGUUCGGUGCCGUGCGGGCUGGGUCAGAGGUCACGAGAGGUCCGCUGUGUCAGCAACGUGGGCGACUUUGUUCCUGACGACGAGUGCAACAUGAAUCUGCGGCCCGUCGAUGUGGAGAACUGUGACAUGGGAACCUGUGCCAAGAGCUGGUUCUACACCGAGUGGAGCAGUAGGUGCUCGGCUGACUGUGGGAUGGGUGCUCGGACGCGAGGAGUCCUCUGCCUGACCAACCAGGUGAGCGGCCUUCCUCUGGAGGGGUGCGGCGGCGAGCGACCCGCCGACGCUCAGGUCUGCAACAACGGCCUCUGUGAGAAUCGCAUCGAGUGGUUCACGGGCCCCUGGAGCCAGUGCUCUGCGGAGUGCGGCGCAGGCAGCCAGCAGAGGUCAGUGGUGUGUCUGAUGAAGUCGGAUGGAGGAUUCGCCGUCAUGCCGCCGUACGAGUGCUCCUCCCUGGAUCGGCCCCUCGGCCAGCAGAGCUGCAAAUUGAAGGCGUGCGGAGCAAAGUGGUACCACACCGACUGGAGCGCUUGCUCAAAGGCGUGCGAGCGGGGUUUCCGUGUGCGGGAGGUGCGCUGCCUGUCCGGAGACGCGCAGCCCAGCGAGGACUGCGAUGAGCGGCGGAGACCGGCGGGGAGGGAGGACUGCAACCCGGAGCCCUGCCUGCCCAGCAUAGACGAGAACUGCCGAGACAAGUACUUCAACUGCAACGUGGUGGUCCAGGCCCGCCUGUGCGUGUACGACUACUACAAGACGACGUGCUGCUCGUCGUGCUCCCGAGGGGCUCACAGACAGUCCGUCCGCCAUGGCCGCAGAUAGCACCCGCUGACGGGCCGGACUCAAUGCCCGUUGCAGGUCCGCGGGACCAGCUGGACCGCGGCUGGAGUGGAUGGAAGAGAGAGGAAGGAACAUUUGUGUUGGUUCAUUGGGAGGCAGCUGUCGGGAGAACGGCUCCACCGGGCGGAUGAACAGAGACCCUGAGCGGCGUGAGAGAGAUCAGUAGCAAAGCGAGGAGUCUGAGAGAAAAGAACCUAUGGAUUUCAACCACAGACUCUCAUCUGAUGAGGUCAGGUGGUUUAUAUAUAGAAAGCAUAUGUUCUAACACGGUUCUUUGCACUUAGGGUUAUAUGUGACCUCAUCGAACUGAAGACAGUGACUAAUAAACACUUUUUCAUAAGAAUCAAACAUAAAAACCCUCCCUGGUGUAGAUGUUGUUCUUCAUGGAUCCACAAGGAUUAGUAUAGUUUGUGGCCCAUUUGUUUUCAUGCCUGCAGUCAGAGACGUGAAUGCAGCUGUUGUAAUAUAUGUAUGUAUAUAUGUACGUAUGACAGAAUGAAUGAUUCAAAUGUGUUUUUUUUUAUGCGUUCAUAAACAACUGAAGAGAAAAGGCCCCCUUUAUUUAUUCCAGUGGCUUCCCAGUGAGGUUGCUGGUUUAUCGGCCACCGGGGGCCCCUUGGGUGCGGGGAUAAAACCUUUGCUGCUUCUCCACCAAUCACAGCCUCUGAGCUCCAUGUAGGCGUCCCACAGCCUGCUGGAUGGUAGAAGCAGAUGGACCCCAAGAGGAAAGACAAGAUGUGUGUAUGAUAUAUAUAUAAUUACCAUUGAUCUAGUAUGGCAUAUGUAAUGUUAACAUUAAUAGUAAAUCUAUUAUUUAUAAACCUUACUGCCCCUUUUUUCAGCUUCAUACACAACCUGCACACAGGACCUAUCAAGUGUUUGACUGUUUUGGUUUUUUAUAUGUUAUCGUUUGCCCAAUGCACUAUAAACUUACCUCUGAUUCAUACGUUGUAUAAAUGCAUCAAUGUUUAAGUUCAAGAUGACUCACGUAUGCCAGUUAUUCGGUCUCUAAGGGUUUGUUGGGCCAGCAUGGUUCAUUAUUUUCCUAAAAGAAAUAAGUGUUUAAAUGAAUUACAAGAAUGAUUCAGUAUUCAACAUACGUCUCCCUCCAAUAAACAACUGUAUUGGCUUUAUUUGACCCCCCGAGGGCUCAACCAUUGAUUCCAAUGAGGAGCGUUCUUGAGAUCUUUGUGAAAUAAACUAAAUGACACAUUUUUUAAAAACUA